GCCGGGCCGCAUGACGGAGGGCGGCGGGCUCCUGGUGGCCGGCUCGCGGCCGGAGCUGGGCCAGUGGGACCCUCAGCGCGCCGUGCCCAUGAAGCCGGCGCGGCCAGCCGCCCCGCUGCCCGCCCAGGAGCCCGCGCUGUGGCUGGCGGAGGUGGUGCUGCAGGACGAGGACGCCUCCAGCCCUUUCUGGUACAAGUUCCUCCGGCGGCGGGGCGGCGACCUUCUCUGGGAAGGUAAUGGACGGGCGCGCGGCAGCGACCAGGCCCCCUCGCACCCCCCGGCGCUGGGGCCGCCAGGACGUGCCCGCGCGGUGGGGGCGGGGCUGCCGCCUUUGCCCCGCCCCCCUUGGGUGACGAGGACGGGCGGGAGGAACGGGGGGGCGGCCGUUAGCGGCGGGUGCGAGCGCCUUCGGCCGUUGGCCCGCGCCGUGGGGCAGGCACCGAUCAGCCGCCUGGGUGAGGGGCUGCAGUGAGGCCGGUAGGAGCCGGUCGCCCCGGCGCCGCCCGCCCGGCUCUCAGCAGGCGCGGGGCUGUCGAGGGACGGCUCUGGGUGCUGCUCUGGGGGCAGAGCAGCGCUGGGAGCUCUUCUUGAGCGGUCGCUGGCCUUGCUUGCGGCUCCGGCGGCUCCGACUCUUGGCCGGUGCCCCGGAGCAUCGCCCGGGGACAGCGAGAGGUGUGACCGUCAAACGGGCCGUUGCCUGAACUGGGCGCUGCCGGUGUCGGCCGCCUCCUGUGCAGGGGUGGCCUGAAUUGUGCUUGCAGGUAGAACCUCCUAGGCUGUCGUGACAUGACACGAGCACUUGCUAGCAAAAACAUGUAACCAUGUGGUAGAGGAGAGUGAAUGUAGAAGGAGGCUGCUCUUCUAGGUUGGUAAAAGUUAUUUGAAACACCUUCAUUAUUUUUUUCGUACUUUAGGCAUCAGUUGUCAUGAUAUUUUGUUUUGUUUUCUCUCUUUCCCCUGAAGUAAAGAACUCAGAAUUUCCUACUUAUGCAUUAAGGUGUGAUUUGUUUCUUUAUUUCAGUAAGAUGAAAUGUCACGAUGGCAUUUUCAGGCUAGUAAAUUCUACCGAUGGUAUUGCUGAAAAAAAUAAGGAAAAGCUUUUCCAGUUUUCUUGCUGUAGUACUUCCACCCUGAUUUUCUCCCAUGUUGUCAAAUAUUCAAUAGCCUCAGUCAGUUUCCAUGUGCAGUUCCAGUAUGUUUAAUUUAAGUAUCUUAAAUGAAAGAGAACACUCAUACAAUUGUGUGCUGAGUCAAAGCUCUAAAUAUACCUCUUGUUACUGAGGAAUGGAUCUGACUCAGUGAAAGGAAGACAGAUGACUAGGUAAUUUGCGAGGGUUUUUUUAUGGAAUAGUUUCAUAAUCCAUAUACUGAAAUAACACAUUGUAAAGCAGUUGCUCCUCACCUAUUUCAAGAAGACAUAUUACACUUUUAAACUGCUAUUCGACAACUGUCAUACAGACUAAAACAUGCAUGUUGUCAUAACUGUUGCAUUUGUUUUUUCUUCUUUAUACUAAUAAUAGCCUACAUGUUAAAAGUACGUUCACUGAAAUUUGUGUCAUGGAAUACUAUUUACACCAUUUAGUAGUAAUUGUUUUAUUUAACAGCUGAAAUAAGUAGUAUAUUCUGCCUGUUUUAACCAUGUUUUUCUUUUGCAGAAAUGCAGGAAAAGUGAAUUUAUGGAAUAAAAAUCUUUGCAGCUGUCCAAGGAAGCAGAAAUGGGUCUCUUUUGAAGGUGCCAAAUUUAGAUAAUAUGCCAAUGAUAUUGGUAUAUAAAGAGGUCCUCAUCACAGUGAAUAUAGAAAUAAUAGUAGAGUGCUUCAGUCUAUAGAAAAUCUGCAGUUGUAAGGUGAUGGUUACUAUCUAGUUUGUAAGUAAUGAUAUCUCAAGGUAUUUGUCCAUACAUGGGAGCACAUUUAGUAAAUGUAGUCUGUUGAGUAAUAAACAUCUUCUGUUUUGGCAGUAGUGCUACUGGAUUUAGGAUUAACCUGCAUGGGAUUUCAUUCUGGUCAUUGUGAAUGCUCAGCAGUUUGAGCUUUUUGCUUAGCUGGAAUGAUAAAAAAACAACCAGGCAUAUCAUCCAAAUGCAGAAGUUUUUUUUUUUUUUUAAUUAGUCAUUCAUAUCAACCAUUUUUUUCUAAGUUGUUAUUUACAGGAAAGAACUAAAUUAGCUUAAACCCUGAAAAUUAUUGUUCUUCGUGUGUUACAUGAAGGGAGCAUAAAGAUGUUUUUCUAUCCAAUAAUUAAGCAAUAUCUUGCAGUCCUUUUUUAUGUCAUUUGUUUUAAUGAUUUUUUUUUUUUUCAACUGUAGAUCAAUGAAAGUUUUGUCUGUCAUCUGUUUAUUCUUGUAAAAGUCACAGCUGGAAUAGACAACUACCUUUUUUAAAAAAAGAACAAAGGUUUUUUUUGUGAUAAGUAAAUGCUGUACUAUGGCUCUUCAGUAUCCUAUGUGUUUAGAAUUAAAAUGUGCUUUGGGAGACAUUUAGCUGUUGGAGAACAUCUGCAGUUUUGAUGACGUGAUUAUAAGGGAUAGAGGAAGGUGCAGAAUGAUACUUGCACUGAGUUUGAGUUGAAGCAUUCAUCUGUAGUCAGAGAAACUCCUGUCCAAUUACGGAUGUCAGAUGUUUACAUAUUUUGGAUAGGAAAUAAUUUGCCAUAUUUAAAAAAAAUCACUCCCUGUUUUUUUAUUAGUGUACUUCAUGUGAGAAUUUCCCUAGUGAUGUGCAUUAUCUUUAUAAUACCACAAUGCAUGUUGCAUCAUAUGUUUUGAGUAUAGGUUUAGUUCAUCCUUGCAGCCAUUCCAAUGCAAUGGAGAAACUGAAAGAUAAAGUGAGGGUGUUUGUUGUGGGCUAGAAGAGACAAAGUCAUGGGCCAGUGUUCUUUGGCCUUUGGGUUCUGCCAGGUGGUCUGGUAGGAAGUGAAGCCUUCAGGCCAGGUUUGGCCAGCAGGAGGGUUGCUGGCUUGUUGCUUGUGUCUGGAGGGAGCUAGUUCCCUUCUCUGCAGGAUGAGGUGGGAGAGGAGACUCUCUUGUGCUUCUGAAGGGUCAGAUGCUUACCUCUACUGUCCUGGGGUGAUGAUGCUGGUCUGCAUCCAGGGCCUAUCACUUAAAGCUAUAGGGCUCCUCUGGCUCAAAUCAUGGGAUUCCUGUAGAUGCUCUAGCCUAAGUGAAGUUUUGUCAGGGUUGGUACUUUGCUUACCUGCUGUGAGCUCAGCUGAAAAGUCUGCUAUCCAGGAGAGUUUUUAACUGUCCUGCUGUGUAUGUGGAAAACAGGUUGGUUAUGUUGAGCUUUAGAACCUAGGAAUAGGUUUACCCAUUUAAAAAAAAAUAACAUAGAUACAUGUUUUUAAAAAAUAAUUAAAAAAAAAUCAACUGCAUCCUGUGUGUCUUUCAAUGUACUUUGUUUUUGAUGUAGAUUCUUCAGAACUGGUUUUAUGUCUCUCUCUCAGCUCGGGGAGAAGAAGUAUAUUGUGCCUGCUGUCAAAACUAAAUAAAUACAAGAUGAAACUUAAUGCUUUGAUUUGUUUUUGUGGGUUUAUGCUUGAACACUCAUCUACACCUUUAUCUGUUUUGCUCUGGUCUAAAUAAACUGUGGGUAUUGUACAAGAUAUGUGUUCCGUAACAGCAUAGAGGAGUUACUGAGGGCAUGCCCCAGACCGUAUUUUGAGAUAAUGGAAUACAGUCUGUUGACACAUUUUGAGAAGGAGGGAAAAAAAAAAUAAUAUAUAUAUAUAUAUAUACACACAUAUAUAUAAAGUAUAAGCUUAUAUUCUGCAAUGUUGGUCCAUUUUCACAUAACCAUUAGUUUGAUGUAGUUGGUGCUUGCUUGAAGCUUGAUAGAUACAAUAUUGCCAGUUAAAGCUGAAAAGCACAUCAGCCUACUUUCUAGUAAUUUGCACAGGUGAGCAGAGCUUUAUUCCUUCCAAUAAAAUCCCAUCUCUAGUCUUCAGGAGAGCAGAAGAGAGAAAAGGAGGUGUCUUGUUUGCACUUACCUGCUGCUGUUCUCUGCAGUUUCUUGGGGGCCCAUACAACAGAGUUUGGUCGGUGUGUUGGCCUUCCAGUAUUUCCAGUUCGUGCUCCUGUGAGCUUGUUAGUUACAGUUUAAGCCUUCUGUUGGAGAAGAUACACUUCUGAUGAUAGUUUUAAAAGACUGGUACAUUUAUGGAGUAAUAAAGGCUUUCAUAAUAUUGUAAUAUAAUUAAUGAAAAUAUCAAAAGUAAAACUUGAUCGUAGCUUUCAAAGGUUAAGCACUUGAUUGACUGAAAACACUGAUGAUAGCAAGGCACAUUUAAAUUUUGUUUUUAAAGUGGCAGUGCACUGAAACCUAAAACAAUCUCACUUCUUAGACUCAAUUCCUUGGAACAAAAUGGAUUUAAUUUCUUGGUUUAAAGGGGAAGAUUCUUUAAAGGCUAUGGGAAGUUAAUAUCUAGUUGCUGUUUGUGUUGGAGAGAUUGUAACAGAACAGAAAAUACUUGGGGCUAAGCCAUAGCAGGAUAAAGCGAAGUAAACAUUCUUUGAGGCCAUUCAGAAGUAGAGUUGUAUGCAACAUUAUUUUUCUGCAACUGAGAUUAAUUUAUUUUUCAUUUUUUCCCAAAGCUAAUCUACAGAUUCCCAAAUUAGGUAGCAGUUCUAUUAUUAAAAAAAAACAAACCACAACACAACAAAAAACAACUAACCAAACAAAAAAACAAACAACCAAACCUGGAGAGGAUAACAUUUCUUCGUAUCUCUUUUAAUGCAGCUGUUUUAUGUAGGAUUGUUCCCACUGGGUGUCGCCAUUUUACCUGUGAACGGUCAGCAGCUGCUGAGUUUCUUACAGCUCCUUGCACAUUUUAUCAGUAUUUACAGUAGUCUCUUCUGUUUUUGAAAACAAUCCCGGGCUUUACUUGCUUCCCCCCAUCCCAGUCUUGUUCUGAAGUAGGUAGGAACUAGGAAGGAAAAUAAAGCACAACUGGAUGUUGUUAGUUGAAUAAUUGUGCAUAAUAUGAAUUUGUUCAUGCAAUGCUCUUGCUUUCUGGAUGACGCUAGAUACCUUAACCCCUUUCAGAUGUGAGGAAUCUUUACAAGUAAAAGGUGAUAACUUUGAAAUCUACAGCUGUUUAAGGAAUGGAAAGAAACUUCUGUGCAAUAGCUCCUGGCAUUUUGUUCUUCAACCCCCACAAGACAAUAAUUAGCAUGAAUUAUGGUAUAAGUAAUUAGUAGCAAGUUUUUCAUUACUUCUAUCUAUAUGUCAGCAUUAACUAACUUAUACAGAGCAGACUACUGGAGAUCAAUAAACCAACAGAGAGUUGCCCAUGAAGCUGCAAAAUUAGAAGAAUAAAACCACAUACGUACACAUGUGAUCCUCUGGAUUUGGCAGGUAUUAAUAUGUGUCAUUUCCAACCCACAGAGAUAAUCAGGGACCAGCUCUGGCUGCUGUGAGAGCCCAAUUAAAGCAUUUGUGGUUAUAACGGUUAAGUUACAAGAAACGCAUCGUUUAUGCAAGUACUUGAUUUGCUGUUUUUCCCAUCCCCUACUUCAUUCCCUGCUCUCACCUCUAAGUGACAGCAGCAUGCAGUAUGGGUCAAGAAUUUAUUUUCAAUGGUGAGAAGCAAUUGGGAUGAUAAUUUGGUUAAGUUUUUUCCAUGGUUACUGUUUUGGUGUAACUUGUUUCCUGCCUGUAGUUCAGUAGCCUUUUCUGGUGUAGUAGAAAGUAACAGUUGAUAAUACACGGUACAAUGCCAUAGAGUUUCAAAGCAGUCAGGAAGACUAUUACAUUAUACAUUUUGUUGCUAUCAGCCAUUAUUCUAUCAUCUGCAUUUCCUUUAUUUUUAUUUCCACCAUCUGUCUGAGAAGAACCUCUUUUUUACAUAAGCUGAAUUCCCUUUUAGUUGCUUUUCUAUGGCUUAAUCUACACCAUUAGACUGGGCAUUUGGUUAAAAACUCUUAGUACAGUAGCAGGUCCCACUGAGAAACACCUGUGCCUAAGCAGACCUGGAGAGAGAAAGGAAACACAUUUUUUAGUGUUGCCUUUGAAAAUUCUUAUUUUCUCAUCUCUGAUUUAAAAAAAUUGAAAAAAGCUUUGUUCAUUAGCAGCAUUAGGUGCUGAGAAGGGCUUUCUUGUAAACCAUUUAGUUCUAAUUCUGCUGUAAUUAAAAAAAUUAAAAAAAAAUAAUUCUCUUAGAAGUAGACUAAUAUACUAACAAAUGGUAAAUUCAACCUGAAUUUUAAUAGAAUUAAAACUUAUUUCCUUGGUUAUAUAUAUCAGCCCUACCAAAUGAGAAGUUGGAAUGGGCUGGUUUAAGUGUCAGAAAAUAAACGUGCAGUGUAUGAUACAAACGGUCUUCUGCUUCUUGGAUAUCUCUUUUGAUCUGGCAAAUGUGAGGAAACGUUUCUGAAAAAUCAGAGCAGUUGUGAAGAAGGAGUUAGUGAACUAGGUGUGGUAAAUUAACAAUUUUUCUUACAUUAGGUAUUUAAAUAAUACAAUAAAUUAAUCUACUGUUUUCAGAAUCUACAGGGAAGAUGGUUUGUGGACAGCAAAAAAAGCAGCAUUAAAAAGCAGAGUAUAUUUUUUUUUAAGCAUGCUGGUAGGGGUAAAUACAUGACAUACAGAAUUCAAAUGCAUUAUUUGGCACUAUUUGUCAGAGGUGUAAAAACAAAGGGCAGUUUUUCAGCAGUUUUGCUGAGACUUCAGAAAGGUGGGACUCCAGUCCAAGAGCCUGUGGCAGAUUAGAACUGCCAAAAUACCUGACCUCGCUCAGCUCCAGUGAGGGGAAUUCAGCCUUACCUACCUCUGUUUUUUCACAAUCAAUAGCAAUUCAGGCUUGGUGGGACUGAGAGACUAUUUCGAGGCGUCAGAGAUUGAAUUUCAUUUAGCCAGUUAGGCAUCAGGGAGACUUUCAUGAUAAAAUCUGAUGUAAAGGGCAAGUAAAUUUGAAAAUUAUAAAUGUAGUGAUGGAAGUCCAGUUAGAGUAAUGUCUGAUAAUGACAUAAUGUGAUAGCAAAUUCAGUUGCCUGUGAGAAUCAGAUCCAAAACAGGACUUGAGACUUUUCUUUAUUGUCAUGUUGGUAUGACAGAUUAGGAAGUGAGCAAGUACUUAAUCUUUUAAAUGCUUCAUUUUGGAGAUUUUUUUUUUCCCUCAUGUUUUCCUUUGGUUCAUGUUGUUCUAUUACUAUUUAGAAAAAAAUCUUUUAUUCCUCAAACCAUUCCCAUUCCUCUGCCCCUAGUGUGUUUAUAGCGCUUAUAAUGUUAUUAAAAUCGUCCAGGGGAAGAUGUUCAUUUACCUUGUUAAAGGACCUUGUUUAAUAUUUCAAAUGUAAUUACUUAUAAUAUUUAGGCAUACUCAAAAUUUUGACUUGACAUGUAAAGCCUGCUGGUUCAUGCAAAAUUUAUGACAAAGAUUAAAAAAGUCUUCGCCCUUACUGAUUUGUAAGUAGGUAAUCUGGCUGCUUGCUGUUUGGUUUUAUUUGUUGCUGUUGAAGCUAAUGUGUCUAUCUAAGGUCGUCUAAGCAGUCCUGUGGUUCUUCAAAGGCAGCAGCAAACUGAGAAACAUGCUGACCUUGCUGGGGUUUGGAGGUUUGGAAGUUGCACGCUUGUGGUGUAGGGUCUGGGUAAAGCAGGGAUGAGACACACAGCACCUUGACAGCUGCUGCCAUACGCUGGAGUUUCUACAUACCUUCCCUCACACAGGGAAAAACAGAAACAAAGUGAAAACUUCCAACCAGCCGUGCAGUCACCUGGUAGCUGGGAGAGCUGUGGCCGAGCAGUACACUACGUGGCUUUGCUGCAAAGGACUCUGCAGAGACAGUGGAAGAGGUAAUGGGCCCCAUCAUGAUCGAAUUUGUGUUUAUAACCAGAGCAACGUAGUAGAUGGAGUUUACUGCCUCCCAAUAGCGCACUGGAUUGAAGUCUCUGGACAUACUGAUGAGAUGAAACAUACAACUGACUUCUAUUUUAAUAUUGCAGGACAUCAAGCUAUCCAUUACUCCAGAAUUCUGCCAAACAUCUGGCUGGGAAGUUGUCCUCGGCAGCUGGAGCACGUCACCGUGAAGCUGAAGCACGAGCUGGGUGUUACGGCUGUGAUGAACUUCCAGACCGAAUGGGACGUUGUUCAGAAUUCUUGGGGCUGCAACCGCUACCCGGAACCCAUGAGCCCUGAAAUUCUCAUUAAACUGUAUAAAGAGGAAGGUCUUGCCUAUGUCUGGAUGCCAACCCCAGACAUGAGCACUGAAGGAAGAAUACAGAUGUUGCCACAAGCUGUCUUCCUCUUGCACGGGCUGCUGGAGAAUGGACACACUGUCUACGUUCAUUGCAACGCUGGCGUUGGCAGGUCUACAGCUGCUGUCAGUGGCUGGCUGAAGUACGUGAUGGGAUGGAGCCUGCGGAAAGUGCAGUACUUUUUGGCUUCCCGGAGACCAGCUGUCUACAUAGAUGAGGAAGCUCUGAAUUGUGCUGAACCCGAUUUCUACCAGAAAUUUGGGCAUCUCCGUUCCUCAUGCAAAAUACUAGAGUAGAAAAGCAGAAGGCGGCAGGGAAAUUGAAGAGGAAUCCUUACAUUUGCACCUCAAGAACUUAGAAAUCCUGAGUCAGAUGCCUGUCUCUAUUAUUCAGAUUAUAAGCUUGUCAUAAAAGUCAUGAGAAUUUUGUUUAAAAAGUGCCUUUGAGGGUUUUUAUUCUCUUUCUUUACACUGGUAUAGUUCAUGUUUUCAAGCCUUUUGCUGCAAGUAUGAGACCUAGAAACUCUGCAAAGGGAAAUUAAAAUUUUCUUUUAACUGCUUUCCUACAGGAACUGAGAUUUUAGGGCAGACACUAAAUAAGAUGUGAGGUGAAAUAGUUAGAGUUGGUAAUACUUCAGUGACAAGAAAGAGAAGGCAUUUUCAGAAAAAAAGAUACAAAGGUUGACUGAAUUAAGGUUCAGGUUAGGAUGAGGCUGAUCAUUGUCAGCUGCUCAGUUAUUUUAGGCGGAGUAUACAUUAUUUAAGUAUUUUCUAUUAAUUCUGCAGACAACAGGUAUUAAUGAGAAAUAAACAGAAGGAAACUGUUUUUUCAACUCAGUUUCUUAAAGAAAAAGCUAAUGUCUGGUGCACUGAACUAAAAUUCUCUCUCUUUGCCUAUCUUGUUAAUGUUAAAUAUAAUGAGCAACAGCUGUACUUUUUUAUGACAUUGGGGUUAUGCAGGGAUAUGGCAUGAAGAGAGGAAACAGCUCUACUUAUGUUGUUGGGAAGGACUGCUUGUUAUUAUGUUAUCCCAGGCUGUGAGAUCUCCAAGUCAAAGACACAUUUUGCUUGUCUGGUCUGUGCAGUGCUGUACAGAGGGCUCCCUGGCUGCCAAGGCAACCUCAGCUGUAACCACUGGGCUAAAACAGGGCCUGUAGAAAGUGCAUGAUAAGCCUCUGCACAUGAUUGACACCACAGCCUCUGUGUUGCUGACCUAGAUUGAUUCUUUCACUAUAGCGAAGGUCCCUCCUUGUGCAAGCAGUGCAUGGAUGUGCACAGAUGCUAGACUUAGCCAAUUGAAGCUAAUACUGGGCUAUCUCUGGGGUGAAUGAAGUGAAUAAUUUUCUCUAUAGGAGCAAAGAGCAACUCUGAGGAGGGUUACUCAGAAGCUUAGCCUCAGUAGGAUAAUGUUGGCUCUGUGGAUGAUCCCUAAUGUUUUCCAGUGCUUCUUAGUUUCUUAGCUAAACUAAGUGAUGGCACUAACAGCUUCCAGCCCUGCUCAGGUAAAACCAAUUCACUGUAGUCCAAGAGAGAAAGGAGAAAAACCUCUUCCUAAGGAACAGAGGAUUAAGGAUGUAUAAACAUUAAGAAACCUAAUUUCUAUAAAUUUAUUCUCAAGUGAAAUCUCAUUUUUUCCAGCUGACUUGUUCCUCUAAAGAUCUAGUCAGUGCCAGAGUAGCUUAGGUGAUAUAUAUUGAUUAUCUGAAUAGUUAAUGGAAAAACUAUUAGAUAUGAACUGUUCAUGGAGAAUUUCCAGAAUAAUACAUUUUAUUUAUCCUCUACUUCAAUCUUGUUUGAAAGGAAAAAUGUUUAUUUAAGUUAUUCUAUAUGUGUGGUUUUGAUCAUGACUUUGUUUCUGAUUCUUUGAAAUAACACAACCAGUUUAGAAAAUGGACAAGAAAAAUUCUCUAUCGAAUAAAAACAUGAUGGCAAUUCCAGCAGCCCA